UGUGUGCUCUCCCUUCCCCCCAUUCUGCGUGCGCGUGCGUGUGCGAGUCCGGGCAGCGUAACAUCUGUGCGUACGCGGUCGUGAUUGUUGUGAAGAUGGCGGAGGGGGAGACAGAGAAGGAAUAUGACACACGGAGAGCUCUGGAGGAGCUGCGAGAGCGCUUCCAGGGUCUGACCGCCGCGCUGAAGGAGGGCUCGCGCUCCCCGCUGGAGGCCUCGCUGCGGUUCUGCCAGGAGUUCUGCCAGGUACUUGUGGAAAAUGCCGGUCGUUGGAAAACGGAUGAGGAUCCACUGCCUUUACUGGAGGUCUACACAGUGGCCAUCCUCAGCUUUGCUAAGGCCGCUUCCUGUCUCUCCUCCGAAUGUGAAAACGUGCCACUCCUACUUGAAAAGUUAGCAUUGAGCUGUGCAGAGCUGGUGCUCUUAAUGCCCCAGCAUGUCCCUGGUGCCUUAUGGGAGGAGUUUCAGUCCUCCAUGAAGUUGGCACACUGCCUCUUGCAAGAAAGUGGGAGCACACAGCUCUGUCUGCUAUCAAUUCUGGCUCAACAGGAUGGCGUCUGGUCCAACAACACACUGAGCAGCAUCCUGGCCAAUAAAAUCCCUCAAACUGAGCAAGUUCACGAGUAUCUUGAAUUGGAAGGUGCUACACUCUUGAACAUGAGAAUAAAGCAUCUAAUCAAAGUGGAGAGUGUUGAUAAAGCUGCUGUACUGGCAAAAAUGUGCUCAGAGUACCCGGGAUAUGAAGGAAAAGGAAACUUCAAGCAAACCUACCUGCUUUGCAUCUGCAUGACAAAAAGUCAGGAGCAACUAAUGGAAGAGAUUGCAUCAAUAGACUGUAAAGAUGCUCUUGAAAUGAUCUGUAACUUGGAGUCAGAGGGAGACGAGAAAGGAGCUCUCUGCUUAUGUUCUGCUUUCCUCAAGCGACAGCUACUUCAAGGAGAUGUUUAUUGUGCCUGGGAACUCACCCUGUUUUGGAGUAAGCUACUAAUGCGUCUAGAGUCGUCAUCUGAUGCGUUCCUGGGACACAGCAAAGCGAUGGCUCUUCUAUGUAGAAGCGUCUGUCAUAUUCUGUUCCUGAUUAAAGUAAUCCAAAACGAGGUUGGAGAGGUGGGUCUUCCAGUGUGCGUGGAAAUGUGCAUACAAGCUCUGAAAAUGACAUCCAGUGACCACAAAGAUAGCAAGUCCACCAUGUGCAAGACCAUUUCCUGCCUCUUGCCGACCGACCUAGAGGUUAAGCGCGCAUGCCAGUUGACCGAGUUUCUCCUCCAGCCCACCGUUGACUCGUACUAUGCUGUGGAGUCACUGUACAAUGAACCCGACCAGAAGCCGGAGGAGGACGAGAGUCUUCCAGUGCCCAAUUCGUUACGUUGCGAGUUACUGCUGGCUUUCAAGACACAAUGGCCUUUUGAUCCGGAGUUCUGGGACUGGAAAACACUGAAACGCAACUGCUUGGCGCUGAUGGGAGAGGAGGCAGCUAUUGUGUCAUCUAUUGACACACUCAACGACACGGAUGAACAGGAGGUGGAAAGUGCACUCGGCAAACUUCCUGAAUACAGAGACUUGGAGGACUUCCUGCUCACCACCACAAACGAACUCAAUGAAAUCACGGACGAAAGAGAAAAAAACCGAGAAGCUAAAAAACUCCGGGAGCAGGGUUUUGUGUCUGCCCGGUUCCGAAAUUGGCGAGCCUACAUGCAGUAUUGUGUUUUGUGUGACAAGGAGUUCUUGGGUCACAGAAUAGUUCGACAUGCGCAGAAGCACUUCAAAGACGGAGUGUAUCUUUGUCCAAUAUGUGCUGACAGUUUUGAAACCAGGGAGAUUUUAGAGCCACAUGUAGCAUCACAUGUAAAGCAAUCUUGCAAAGAGAGACUAGCUGCAAUGAAAGCUGCUAGGAAGGUAACCAAACCACCUCAGUCCCCUAAAAGUCCAUCAAAAAUGACAAAGGUUGCUGCCAAGAUGAGCAUUAGUCCUGUUAAAAUCGAAUCUCACACUGGCAACCAAUUGGCGCCUGCUGUUAAGAUAGAACAAACCACAUCUGACACAAAUAUAAGUCAAGACUGCUUCUGUCCUGUCAGAAAUUGUUCCAAGGCUUUCAAGUUUUUCCGCAACCUCAUGGCUCACGUCAGAUCUCACAAGGACGACGAAGAGGCCAUGAGGUUUUUAGAAAUACAAAAACAGAAAGUGGUGUGCCAGUAUUGCAGACGGCAAUUUGUAAAUGUCAGACAUCUUAAUGACCAUUUGCAGAUGCACUGUGGCAGCAAGCCAUACAUCUGCAUACAGUUGGAUUGCAAGGCCAACUUUAACUCCAAUUCCGAGCUUCUAAUGCAUAGAAAAACCCAUCCGGAAUUCAAGGCCCAGUGCAUGUUCCCAAACUGCGGCCAAGUUUUCGGUGAGGCCUACUUGUUGUAUGAUCACGAGGCUCAGCAUUACCUUACCUACACCUGCCAAACAGAAAACUGUGGCAAAAUAUUCUACUCACAGUCUCAAUUCUUGUCUCACCAAGAGAAUCAUAGCAUGAACGCUGCAGGUAACAGUUUGUCGUUCACACAUCAAAACCCUCCCGAUGCUUCAAAAGUGGAACCACCGCCCGAGAGCGCCCCUCCCCCAAGCGUCGAAAACACCUGUUCUGCAGUUGUGUGCAUUGAAGGGAUUAAUACAGGUGUAUACACGAUGGAGGCAUCGAGUUCAAGCUCGCCGCCAUGUCAAUUACCUGACCUUGCUAUAGAACCUAUUCCUGUGAGAGUAAAACACUCGAUUGAAAGCAUGCUGAAUUGUGCGGCUGGUGCUGAACUCAUAGAACCAGAGAAAUGCUACACUCCGCUAACAAACCCCACUCCAGCACCUUCUGACGUGAAAUCCACACCGGAGGUUCCUCAUGCGCAACAAAAGGUCGCCGGGCAUGCUGGGAUCCCUCCAGUAAAUCCUGUACCGAGUGCAACAGACCCUGGAGCGAGUCAACAGGUAGAGGCGCUCAUUCAUUUACCAGGCAAUCAACUCCCAAAAGUGAUUCCACAAAUAAUUUCUCCAAGUCAAAUCAAAACCGAAAUUCCUUGUUUACUGCAAGGAUAUCCUUCCAGCUCGCCGGCUGCAACUGUUAGCAAUGAGGAGAACCUGCAUUGCUGCCCAUUUAAUGACUGCACAAGGGCAUACAGCACAAACAAAAGUCUCUCCAGGCACGUGAAAAAGCAACACCCUGAAAUAUUUGAAGAUUGGAAAUUGGCAAAGAAAUAUAACAAAGUGGCCAAAAUUACAGCAAAAAAGGCCCCAAGUGGGCCCACUUCACCUACUCAGCCUCAGAACCAGGGGGUCAGGCCGCCAAAUCAGCCAGGAAUACUAUGCAACAAACCUGCAAUGCAGCAAAUGGAUUACUCAACAGGAUCUUCAACCUCACCUGCCCAGUGUUAUCCCGGAUCAAUGGAGCCUGUGCCCAUCACUCCAAUGGUGAAUCCCACGCUGUACCCAUCAUGGGGAAACCAAAAUACUCCCAGCGAAAUAGUGCACUCAGACAUGGCACAGUCAUGGUCUUCACCUGUGAUCAAUAACUGCUAUCCCGAUGCCUUCAACUCGAACGAGUACCCCACGCGAGGCUACCCUCAAUGGCAGGUGGACCCUUACCAAGCCACGGCAUCUCUCCCUUCCAACAGAGACCACUCCGUGGCAGCCAUGCACGGCCCCUCAAUGUCACACGGUCCUUCUGUUUCAAGUUUGAUGUCUCAGUAUGUGUCCAGUUCUCUGAUGCUCGACAAUGGAGGGCAAAUACAUAACGGAGGGCAUCAGUACGGACUAAUGCAUCCAGAGGGCAGUGGGGACAGCAAUGACGUAGGGCAGAGCAGUGGAAGUAUGACGAGCCAGUUAGAUAAUGGAAACAGUAUCUCAACAUUUGAUAGCCUCCCCGAAGGAAGUUACAACACUCCGUAUGCCCAGAGUGAAAACUCUUGUCUUACUCAAGACUCGUCUGUUGAUAUACCCCUGAAAUCUCAGAGCCCAGAGGCCCAAGUCGCAUUGAAAGUUACACAAGAAAUAAUCAAAACAGAGAAUGUGUCCACUCCUUGUUAUGAUCAUAUGGAUAACUCUGUGGAUGGUAUGUUAAGUCCAAACAGUGUCAUUCACACAGAUUUCCCUUACGAAGAGGACUGUCCCAGUGCCGACUGUGAGGCCACCCCCACCGAUGAGAAGGCCGCUGAUCCCGACAUUCAGAAAGGAAAGCGCGGCCGGUUGAGCAAGAGAACCAAAUGGCCAGCCAUCAUUAAGGACGGCAAAGUCAUCUGCAGGCGAUGCUUCAGAGAGUUCACAAGCACCAAGUCUCUCGGAGGUCACCUAUCCAAACGCUCACAGUGCAGACCUGUAGAUGAAAUUGACCUAACUGCGGACCUGCCAAUGUCAUUUCUUGAUUUUCUCAAUGACCCCACUGUCCCUGAUACUAACGCUGCAGUAUUCAACGCGCCAAACGGGGAUUUCUCACAGGAAUCUUGUAGCCUCACCACUUUGACUUCGCCCAUGGUGUUGAAACAGGAGCCCCAAAAUACAAAUAUAAUGGACUCUUCAAACGCUGCAUGUGGUUCCCCCGAAAACCAGCAACAGAAGGCCGGAGAGUCGGCUCAGGAGGACCACUUGAUGGAAAUUUCACAUGCCUUUCAAAGGCUAGAUUUGAUUGAAGCUGCACAGGUGAAGAUGCGGAGUGCUCUGUUGUUGGAGCAAAAUGUCAGUCAUUGUGAUAAAGCACAUGACAUUGAAAAAAGUAAGGUAGUGAGUAAAAAUGAAGACAAACCCUCUGAGAAGUUCCCAAAACCUUUUAAAUGUGACCAAGAUGACUGCGAGUACUCGUUCAUGACCAAGGAAGCGUUAUUCAAACACUUGAGUAAAAUGCACGAUUACUCAACUUUAAUGAUAGAAGAGCUGAAAAAGACACCAUCCAAACUCUCUCCAUAUCCUUGCCAGAUUUGCCCCAAAACAUUCACGAGAACGACAGGUUUGAGAAUUCACUACGAGAAAGUCCACCGGUUGUCAAAGGCAGACAUCCAGAGGCUAAAGAUCAGCGCUCGAAACAGGCGUGCAUUUAGACUGAACAAGGACGACGUGUUAAUUAGCCGCGUGGCCACCGACGCCAACUCCAGUCACACAGCACAGCAAGUGUUACCUGCCAUCAAACAAGAACCACUUGACAUUGCAAUCGCACCUCAAGCGGACAAUGAGAACAAUCCACAAGUUCCUCAAGUCACUUCACCCGGACACGGAGUUAAAGAUGGCUCCAUGCCCGAUGUAUCAAUUGUUGCACACCUACCACCACCUGAAAACUAUGUGACUGAGCCUUUGUUCUGUGAGGUGGAACCGUCAGUUCACAAAAAAGCCCCAGAGCAACCUGAAGGUGCUGAUUUAAACACAACGAGUCCAAAUGUGAAGCAGAAAUCCAGCGUACAAGAGAAACUCAGUCCGGUUGGCAAAACAAAGAAGCAGCACGGACAAUCGGACGCUUCCUUUAGCAGAGUCAAUGAGCCAAUGUGCAGCCCCUCUUCUGCAUCGUCUUCCUCCUCCCCAGAGAAACCCGGCAGCUCCAAAAACGAACCGCAGAGGAAAGAAAAGGCGCAGAAUAGGUUGAGCCUGAAAAUGUGCGAAACCGACAACGCCUACAGUCCGUAUAGACCGUACCGCUGUGUUCACGAAGGAUGCACGGCUGCAUUCACCAUCCAGCAAAAUCUGAUUCUGCAUUACAGGGCCAUGCAUCAGUCAUCCCUGCCCACGUCUGGGUCGGGCAAUCCCGAAGAAGACGGCGAAAAGUCCGGUAUGGAAAACGGACGGGAGAGCCCUCAAAGUCUGGACACAGAAGACGAAGUCAGGUGUCAAGUGAAGAACUGUUCGAGGGUGUUCAUGGGAAUCACGAGGUUAGUGCAGCAUUACCUCCUGCUGCACAAGUUCAGUCGUGACAAAGCCACCGCCAUGAUGGCCAGCAUGACCAUCGGGACUUUCAACUGUGACCGGCCGGAGUGCGCCCUUCCCUUCAACUCCGUGGAGAAGUACAUUGAGCACAUUAAGAACUACCACAAGGAGAUCGCCAUCUCCGAGAGCGGCUCAGUCGACCAAACGUUCCGGUGCGAGUACGAGGAAUGCGACCGCGUCUACACUACCAAGUCGAACCUCCUGCGUCACCUGAUUAAAAAGCACGAAUACGUUUAUGAUCCCAAAGCAAGUGACGGGAGACGGACGAAAUCGAUGGGCCUAUUCCCGGGGGCUAACGGCAAAGAGAACGUGGAAAGCAAAUUCAAAGUAAAGAAGAAAAACACUAAAAAGAAAGACGGGAAGUCCAUCGAACACUGGACUAGUUUUGGAAAGCCGACGCUAAAAUCCCACGAUGAGGCCUCAGCCAUGUGCACCAAGAAGUCUGCACUGCAGUACCCGUGCAUGAUAAUAGGCUGCGACGCAGUGGAGCGGGCUGAGAGAAGUAUAUUCAAGCAUUACACAACUCACGGUCUCACGGAACGCUACAUUGAGGACCACCGGAGCCAGUUCAUUUUCUGCAAAAAGUACUCGCGCUCCAGAUUCAAAGACUCGAGCAAAUCCGAGGGCGCAUUAAGCUCUUCUUCCGAGGAGACGGAGCCGGACGACGGCGAGCAGCCCGCUGACCAGACAUCGGAUGAGCAGGGGGAUCGAACGGGCCACGACGACGGCAAGCUGUCCAACGACGAGAGCGCAGAAUCGCAACCUUCCCCCGGGGCCGAAGGAGGGACGAAACGAGGGCGCCCCAGGAAGCCUCCUCAUCCCACACCCGCUUGUCCUGAGAGGAUGCAGACCCUUAGGACCCGUUCGACUGUUAACAGUUCAAGAGAGAACUCAAAUCCUGGUACCCCUACGGCCCAAGAGCAACGUGACGAGGGGGUCACAUCGGGGUCUUUCAAGCCUUUGGGUCUCGAGGACUCUUUCCUUAAGUUCUUGGAAACCUCAGAGUCAACCCAUUCUUCCAAACGCAAACUAAGUGACAAAUCUGGUGCUGAACUGCCGUCCAAAAGACAACAAACUCACAAACAGAAAUCUGCGGUGAAGAGUAAAGCGGCAGGGUGCGGAAACCUAGUAGACUUCAGAAAUCCCCUCAAUCUCAAAUCAGUGAGCAAUGUCAAGAUUGUGGUCGAUAAAACAUUUUCAGAAGGUGCUGAUCUUUUGCUAAAACAGCUUCAAGACAUGAAGCCCAUGGUCAUGAUAAAAAAGUGGCUUUAUAGCGGAUCAUAGCGAUGUGUUGUUUUCAACCCGAUCUCACUCAGGAUUUGAGAGGUUAUGCUGCAGAAUGGUUUCUUAAUGCAUCAGAGUUCCAACUGGUAAAACUAAUGGUCGCAGUUAAUGAUAAAAUGGCCUAUUUUGUACUUACUGAAAUAACGUCUUGGAUGAUUUUAAGUAUGUAUGUUAGUUAUAAUAACCAGGUAAUCUAUAGGGCAUAGAUUUUAGAAACAUGUUUGUAUUUAUGCUUAGUACUGAAGAUGUUCUUUUUUUUCUUUUGCUAAAUGGAGACUUUUAAAGAAAAACAAUGUUUUUAUAUAUCCCUAUGGGAUUUCAAAUUAUGUUUGUAUUUAUUUCAUCCUUUUCAACACUAGUAGACCUAUCUGUAAUAUUUACAUGUCUUCCACAAAGUGUUCAAUAAAAUGUUACUGUUUCUUUUUAUAAAAUAUUG